AGAAAAAAUACAAGAAAAACCAGGAAGUGUCAAAUUUCAGUUGUCAGUUAUAGAGUUGUCUGGAACAUAUUGAUGUUAUGUCAACGGAUUUUGUUUGUCGAAUUUAGCUUUGUUUUAAAAUUACCGGCCGCUAAUGUCAGUAACCUUAUGGUGCCCCGUGAAUCAUGGAUAUGCGAUCGAAUUCGAAGCCACAGACAAGGAAGAAAGAAACAACGAAUCAACGAAUCAACAUUCGCUGAUAGUUUUUGUGUCGUCUGAGGAAAAAUGGAUGAUGUGAUCACUCUCAGCUCCGACAGUGAUAAAGACGACUCUGAUGUGGAGAUCAUCGGGUCUUACACUAACGGGCUGUCCCGGGCAGAGCCGCUGCCGCUCUCCGCGGUGCGGAUUGACGUUGAUUCCAUCAGCGUCAACGUCCCGACGCUUUUUAUUGACCUCAGAGAUCCGAAAUGGACUCUUCAAGAGCUGAAGUUUCGCAAAAGACACAGAACCUCUUCCUUGACAGUGGUAGACUUGACUGAGCCCAACGCAGAAGAUGAAACAAGAGAGGAGACGGAGAAUUUGCCACCAGAGGACUCUCAAAUAAAAAGUGAUAGUACAAACAAAACUCAAACUUCUAACAAACAAGGCGUUAACUUAGAGGAUAAUUCUUCAAGACCCUCGACUGUUGUUUCACUAAAGCAGGACUGUGGUAACUCAAAGCCAAAGCAGAGACGUUGGGAUUGUCAAACACGACAACAAAAGCUGUUGGAUAAAGCACAUAAUCACACAGCAAUUGUCAAAUUAAGACGGUUGCCUUUUCUUGAAACUCACAUCACAGAACUGAAAACAUCAAAGUGUUCUGCCGAUAUUAAGAAAGAUUGUAUGCGGAUGUCACUGGACCUCAGUCAACUAGACAAAAACGGCGAAGCAACAGAAUACAAUGGUAAUCUGAGGAGAACUGCCGCAUCAAAUGGUACUAACAUGGCCCCCUCACUAGAUGAGUCACCUCCUACUGUGGUUGAAUCUCUUAUCAGACAGGAAGAACAAGAGAAAAGUUCUGGAUGUACAAGCACACCGUUAAAUGCUAAUAUAUCUCAGAAUCUACAGAGCCUAGCUGACUCUCCCAGCUCAGAUAAAAGAGGCUCUGUUGCAAACUCAAAGAGUACAAAGAGUAAGUGCAGCACUGGUGAAGAUGAGAGGGAUGACCCACCCAUGGUCAUCCCUCCUUCAACAUCCCGUUCUUCAUCUCACGACAAAACGCAGGGUACCUUACAAAGAGAAGUCAUCUGCUCUAAACUGGAACAACUGGAAUUGGACAAAGCAGAAUCGAGAGGUCUCUCUGAUCACUCAAUUCCUUACUCUCCUACCACCAAACAGUGCCCUUCUGAGCCUUUUGACCUUAACUCUGUAUCCCACACAAGUCCCAAAUCUGAUAACUUGAUGACCCAAGUCGUCCCAACACCCACCUCUGAGCUUACACAAGUUGAGAAUACUUCUGAGGUGGUUGGGGCUGAUGAGGCCUCAAACGGCUCUGACUUCUUGUGCUUCAGCAUCCCUAGUGAACAUUCUUUGUCAGCUGAGGACAUGGAUGACGGAUCUGGGGCAGGGACACACAGAGGGGAUCUGGGCAUUGACAGUCCAGUGUCUUUUCAUUGGGCAGAGGAAAGUUCUGGAGAUGAAGAUAACAGAGAGAACAGAUUAGAUACCGACUUCAGGGCGGCCAGUAGAGAGGACAGGCAAUUUGUGUGCCCAGUUACACUCAGGAAAAUAAUGUCUGGACCAGCUCAAGUCUUGUUUGAUGAGGAAGAUGAAGGUUUUGGAACUCCAGAGGUGUUAUGCCGUCAGAGUCUGAGCCUGGUUUACAGUACCAUCGAUGAGAACUACCCAGAAGGCACUUUACAGCUCUUGUCUGAUCUGCUACAGCCUGGUUACUUUCCCCCCAGCGAUAUCAUCUCACACCUGCUUCGUGGCAUUCUGCUCGACACACAGUGCCCUUAUCACCUGUGCGUGCAAGCCUUUAAUCUGCUGAUGAGAACACAGAGACACCACAUGGCUGAUACAACCACAAUUCCAUGGGACUGGGAGUUGUUGACCUCGGUCACGGACAAUCAGGACCAUACAAAGAAGCAUCGCUGCGAGGUUGUUCGUAUGUUCCUCGACUAUGUUGUGCAGACCUUGGAGGACGACUUUCAGGCCAAUCGCUCUAUCUCUGCUCUCCACCAAUCCAUCGCCAAGGCAACAUUGUCAUGUGAUCAGCAGUUCCCUCACGUCAGGGAUGUAAUCAAGUGGCUCUUUUCAUCCAUUAUGAAAUCCACAGAGCAUGGAACGAGUAGAAUAGCAGCCAGAGAGAGAGACGAACACGUCAGAAUGGUCGCUAUCUUCCAAAGGAUGCUGUCCUUGGCUCUGGAGGUGGACCGUUCUCCAGCCUUAACCUCUGCCAAGCUUUCCCAAGAGCUCUUCCAUAUGCUCAUCAGCAAUGUACCUCUACGAGCACACAGGAUGUUGUUGCUCGAAAGCCUGCAGAGCAAGCUGCUGAGAUGUAAGCUGUUGGAACAUCUGUUGGACUAUGCAUGUCCACUGAAAAUCCCUCUGCCCAUGUCGCUCAGUCUACUGCUUCACUACCUGAAGCACUGCGCUCUGACCCCAGACCCUUCGGAUGGUACGGAAAAGUGGCAGAGGUGGGAAGAGUUGGUCCAUCUUCUCUGGAUGUUGUUGCUCAGUUACAACAAAGCAAUGAAAGGCUAUCUGUGCAACUCAGUCUCUGAGCAAAAUGGGAUAGUUGGCAACUUGGUCUACAAGCCGGAUGAUAAGGUGUCCAAGCCCGCUAUUCGUGAAGCUGUGGAGGCCUUCAUGUCCAGAUCUCAGGCUGACCUCGGUCAGGCCUUACCUCUUCAUGUGGAAGAGUCCCUCACUUAUCUACAGGAUCACCUGCUAGAAGUCUGUCAGUGUUGAUUGUAUAAACAUUUAAUUUUCUUGGAUCUAUUAAACAUUGUUUUGAUAAUUUAAUAUUUAUAUAUAAAAUGUAUUGUUAAGUAUUUGGAUUCUAAAUGAAGGCCGUGCCUUGUGUGUUGUAAUAAAAUCCAAAUCUGUUGACAUCUGGCUUCACUUAAUUAAUUAUGUUUCUAAUUAAGCACAAUAUUCCUUGGGUCGCCAUACAAAUGUAAUCACUACAUAAUUACUUUGACUGCAUUUACUUUAUUUCUGCUAAAUAUGCAUCAUUUUUA